AUGAAUUAUAGUUUGGAAGGUUUCGAAAUAUACGAGAAUAGCCACGAACUACAUUCGGAUAUAGCGAUAUGCGUGAUCCCGGUGCUAUUGGCUAUUAUCCUGACUUCGGUGCUCAGCAACUUGUACAUACCUCAUGAACUGGUUGCGAUGUUGGUCGGUGGAGGAUUGGGAAUUAUUAUCACCUACAUGCCGUUACUCCAUAGGAUGGCUGAGCGAUUCUGGGCUCCUUACGACGUUCUGGUUGUGCUGCAGCCGAUUCUGAUGUUGAAGAUGUUGUACACUGUGGACACGUUCAUAUUCAUGAAAUCGCUCUCACAGAUAUUGCUGGUGUCCACCGUCGGCCUGUUCAUGUUCAUACUGAUCUUUGGCUUCUUCCUGAUGAUCCUAACACUGCACGAGGCGAGCCUAAUAAACGUGAUAAUCGCUGGAAGUAUUCUGGCGCCCAUCGAUAUUCCGGAUCUUAUUUUGGAACUGGAGAGGGUGAAGAAUCUAGAGGUCUUGAUGGACGGCGAGUCGACGUUCGGCACUGCGUUAUGUCUGAUGACGUUCGAUUUGUGCGUUGGUGGUUACGCAGGGAUCAUAACUAAAUGGUACCAGGUAGUUUGUUUCUAUUUGAGAUACAUAAUAGUGUCCACGGUGGUGGGUUACAUCCUCGGGAAGACUACUGCAGUACUGUUCAGGCUGCUCUACAAUGACUUUAUGAACGCCGUGGUUGCUCUGGUUGCGAGCAGCUACAUGGUUUAUUUCUUGUGUGAACACAUCUUUUACUGCAGCGGAACCAUAGGUUGCUUCAUAAACAUAUUCUGUUUGAGCCUGGAAAGGCCGAGCCUCUCGCUCGAUGUGGACGUGGAGAUACAGAGGUUCCUCAACAUUUGUUACUACAAUGCGGAAUUAUUCUCUACCGUAGUCCUCUCAGCUUGCGUGAUGGUUCGAUUGUUGGACUUCUUUAAAGACUUCCAGUUCCCAUUGGCCCUCGGCGUUUACAUAAUCGGCAGUGUCAUUCGAUUCUUAACAUUGCUUCUGCUCUCGCCAAUCCUGAGUCGCAUUGGGUACGGAUUGGAUUUUACCGGUUUAUUGGCAAUCUUUUGGGCAGCGAAGAAAGGUCCGCUGCAGAUAAUCACGACCAUCGCCCUGACCCAUCAUUCCAUCAUCGACGACGUUGGAUCGGAGAUACUGUGCUUCACUUUGGUCUACUUAGUGCUGCUCUACCUGAUAAACGGCACCACCUUGAAGUUCAUCCUGCAAAAAUUCGGACUGAUACUUUUCUCCGAAGCGAGGAAGAACAAUAUCAACAACUGCUUCAAAUUCAUAAAUGAGAGGCGACUCAGGUUAAUCAGCGCCUUGAAGAUGAACAGGUUUUAUUCGGAUUCCAAUUGGCCCUUGAUACACGAAGCCACAAAACUCUUCAAUCCGUUCAAAGUCGAGACCGUCCACGGGCUAGUAGAAGACACUGAUUUGUGGGGAUUUCGUACAACUUAUUGCCCGACGUGCGUGAAGAACGUUCCAGUCGACCCGACUAAAAAGGACUACUUGGAAAUGAUGAAUGAAGUGAGGAGAAGAGUUCUGAAAACGGAGCGUGUUUCUUACGUAAAGCAAUACGAAGUAGGCAUUUUGGAUCAACAUGAGUUGAGGGCUCUUUUAGAAUACGUUGAAAAAGCGGUUGAUUCUAAAGAACUAAUCAUCCAUCUAGAUGAUAUAAUGAGAUUAUUCAAAGAUACCCAAGUCAUUUUGAAGUUGAAAAAAUACCUGAUGUCAUUCAAGUUUCGAGAUUUGGGCACCGCUCCGCAGAACAGGAUUAAGCGGACGUUUUACACCAUUGCCAUCAGCAGAAACUACGAGUUCACGUUGUACGCCAUCAUACUUUUGAAUAUCGUUUCCGCAGUCGUCGAAAUGUUAUUACUAUACUACCAUAUUCCGGAUUUUGAUAUUAUGGUCAUCGUGAACACUAUCUUCUUUACCAUAUAUUUGGUGGAUUUUUUCAUCAAGAUUGUGGGGUACUCCAACUACAGCCUCUCGCAAGGUGUCAAACUCUUUUUCAGGUUGAUUUGGAAUCGUCUCGACUUUAUGAUGCUCAUCCUCGCAACGAUCGACAUCAUAAUAACCAAUUUGAUUUACUUGUCUAAUGCGAUUCGUUAUAAUUACGUGCUGGAAUCGUUUGCAAUUUUGAGGAUAUUCCGCAUCUUGAGGCUCUCAAAACUCGUCAGCGAAAAGUUCUACCUGAAAAUGCUGUCGCAUUGCGACAAUUUGAUAGAUAAUAGACUGACAUACGCGUUUACAAUUGGAAAAGCUUUGGUGAUUGGUUACGAGGAGGCGACUGAAUUGAUUCCGAAAAUCGUGAACAACUUCAAAAUCCAAGAGGGAAUUCGCAGUCAACUGGAGAACGAUAAGGUGACCGUAUCUAAGGAGCUGGGAAUCAUUGCCAAGGAGCGACCGUGGAUAGCUACAAAUGUGAAAACGAAACAGGCCAUCCUAGCAACUCUUGUCUUCAUGAGGAAUAACAUUUACCAAUUGAAAACCGACGUUUGGUAA